CUUUGAAACAAAAUAAAAAACAACAACUUGACAGUACCCUUUUUUGUUCUGUUCUUGGGAACUGGUGGAUUCGUAGACAAGACGACGUCUUGGAGAUUGGAGUUCUUGAUCGUGUCCCCCCCUUGCGAAUAGCUUUAGCUUCGGCAAAAGAUUUCAUUUUUCCAGGGGAUUUUUCUUCUUCUUCAAGCUUGCUUGCCCAUGCCCAAGCCCAAGCAAGGCUCUAGGGUUUUUAGCCGAGGUUUCUUGUUCAAAAUCUGCCUAUACUCCGCGUUUUGGCCGUUAGAAGAUAUGACCCAGUUGGCUUUGUCAAGUCUUAAAAGGGUUUUGGCCUUUUGUUUAGCUUCACUAGGAACCAAAUCGUCGGUUUUUUGACGCGUUAGUGAGGAAUUCCUAUGCUUCGAUGUUGAUAUAUGAUUCAAAUUAUGCGUCUUUUGAAGUUUCUGUUAAUGGAAACGCUGUAUCCGUGGUUGGAGAGUUUUGAACUUAGGCUCAACUAGUGAAGAAGCUACUUCAGGGUCAUUGAGUGUUCAAGAACCCAUGAUCAAUCAAUGGAAUUAUGCCUGCAUUCCACACAGAGACACUUGAGUGCAAGCUACUUCACUUCCACCAUGUCUUCACCUUUUUGCCCGUUGACUCUGACUAAAUGCCUGAAACUUGGGAGUUCCUCAAUCUGCGGUUGAAACCGGCUUAAUAUAGAAUCGACCACAUGUGACUAUAUCUGAUUUGGAUAGAGUACCAUAGCAUUCUGUUCUAGAUGUUGCCACUCAAUGGGUUGCUUUCAUACGGACCUUACUGCAUUUCAGUUUCACUGAGAACUCCUCCCAUCUCUCUGAAUUUGGAGCAUUAUUUCACAUCGGUGGACAAGGCUGACAACUUGCGGCUACAAACGCUGCAACAGAUGCUAAGAAUAUUGACAAUCAGCUCGUGCUCUCGUCUGUUCUCGCGGCUUCAUGCUCUUAGCUCCUUAUGGCUUGCCCUGCUGCUCUGUUACUCUUCUCUGCUGAUCCAAAACCAUAUGAUGACUCUUGUCGGGUUAGAAGACUGUCGGAAUCUUGAUAUGAUUGAAGAAGAUGCCCUCCAACUCGUCGAGCAUCUAAUUCUAACCUUCCAUGGACUCAAGAUUUGUGUAGGUUGUGAUCUUAGUCAGAACCCAUCAUGCAUAGGAUAGGAUAUCAAGCAGUGUAGCCAGUGUCUCUUAUAUCUUGAUUGUUCAACAUAAUAAUAAGCACCACCAUUAUAAUGUUGACACAUAGUUAGUUCCAUUGUUUAUGUACCUUGCCCAUGCUUAUAAACUUGUUCUUGUAAACCUACACUCGAAGAUAAUCAAGAGAUCUUGUUUUGGUA